AUGCCUUUUUUGUCACGACAGCUGUCAAACUGUGUCAACAGUGUCAACAGCAGUGUCAACAGCUCCAAUAGGCUUGGAGCCACUCCAGCUGCGUAUCUUCCAGAUUAUUUACCAAGUCUUCGAAAGGAAUUCAAGUUUGUUUCAGACUUUAAAGAAGGCUUCAAUCGAGUACACUAUGACUAUUUGAACCUUUUUUGGACAUACUCCAUUUCAAGAGCCAUGCGAUACAUUCUGCCAUUCUUCAUGGUCCUCGCAUCGACUCGAUUCUUUGUUCCAGAGCUAGGACAAAGUUUGACUCAUGGUUUCGAUCUAUCAUUGAGAGGCAUAUACCGUCUCUCGAGCGUCGUCGACGCAAUGCUCUUGCUUCCACUCAAGGCGGCAUAUGCGGUUGCCACGACUCUUCCUCCCUUGAUGAUGAUACCAUUACUGGAAUACAUGCCACAAUCUGCAGUAGUUGGAAUCGUAUCACCACUAUUAUCUUUGAGGAGACUAGUGAAGAUUCUAGGUUCCUCAUUUUUCUUCUCCACUGUGGGUAUAUCGAUAUGGCGUCCAGUGCUCGAGGAAACACAGUAUCGGUUCAUCUUGAGUUCUGUACUUGGAGACAAGGGGCUGCGCAGAUGGUUUGGAAGAUCAAAGUCGACAAUUUCCGAAGAAUCAAUGGCUACUGUACACAUGGAUAAGAAUGAUUUGCCUGUUUCGAAAACGACUAAGGGCAAGAUAUCGAAGACUUGUCUGUGGACCAGCUUUUUCUUUGCAGUGACUCGAUUUGGGUGGUUAUGUUCCAAUUUUGAUGAUGGUUCGACGUCGCCAUAUUCCUGGGCAGUCGGGUUCAGCUUGUCCCUACUAGGUCACUUGUCGAGUGUUUCGCUGUCGGAAGUUCGACCAGUACUACAAUACGCACUCUUGUUUUUGUCACUGCACCAAGCUGUUUCUACCUUUUUGGUGGCAGUUAACAUCUACGAACCAAUGUAUAGGGAAAAGGGCCUGAUUGCAUCGAUUGGCUCUCAUGUUGCCUGGACCACAGGAAUUCCAACCAUUCCGUUUCGAAUUGCAAAACGAAUAUACGAUGGAUCAAAGAAGAAUGGACCAAAUACAGUCAUGACAGAAAUGUGCAUUGAUUGUGAAAAUGAAAACAAGAACGUGUGA